GGCACAUUUUUUUCAGUGAGAUUUCUGCAGGGUUCAAUGAACAUUUUAUGGUGACAGAAGUAAUACUUAACAUGGCCUAAUUUCUCUUGUCUUUUACAUAGGAGAUAAUGUUUAUUAAAAAUCUGGUUGUCAAAUGAAUAGGACUCUACCCCAGGAUAAUACGUUGUAUUUUUGGAAAUGUUUCAACUGUCUUUUUGAGCUUUAGUGUCUUUAAAAAUAAUCUUACUGUAGUUUUUCUGUCUGCAAUAACAAACAUAUCUGACAUAUUUAUUGUACCACUCCCCCAUUUACCUGUUUAAAAAAUUUGACAAUUCAGAGUCAUGAAGAGACUAAUUUCAUGCCAUUGAAUAUUCCCUUCAGUCUCACCUGUCUCUGUCAUACUUUUUUAAGUAUGAAACCUUUGAUCUUACUCCAUUUACUUCUCUGGAAUCAUUCUGGCAAAGCAGAUGAGAAAUGGCAUCAUAGCCUUAGAUUUGCCCUCUUUUCUGAGGAGCCAGUGGAACAGCUUAUGAGUAUGAAGUGCCCUGCUUGUUGUUGACCUAGUAAAGGCUUGUUCAUUCCUGCGACCUCGUGUGCAAAUUUCUGGGAUCGUCAUUGACUUUUGGUCCCUUUCCUAUAAUAGAUCAAUUAAUGAAUUUAGAGGUCAUUUGGAGGAAAGCCUUAUAUUUGAAUUCUUUAUUUACUGGUUAAAAGUUACAGUUUUUAGUGUUUAAGUGCAGAUAUGGCCACUAUUAUUAUUAUUAUUACCCCGAUCUCAAAGGUUGCUGUCCCCUAGUAGGGCCCCCGCCCCCUGCUCUGUGGUGGCCUUUGCCUUCUUUUUAAGGACUGCCUAACACUGUCUCUUUCCCAAGAGAUUGUCAUACCCGGCACCCAAGAGACUGUAAGAUAGGGCUUCAUCAACUGCUAUGCCGGUUUAUUGAUUUAUAGUGGGUAAGAGAAGCAGGUGUAGUAAAGGAAGCCUGUGUUUGGAGUGGGGAAGCUAAAGUCUGUUGCUGGCUCCAGAGCCUUUUCUUCUUAUUCAUAAGGAAACAGGCUCAGAGGAGGUUGUUCUAUGUUAUCUGAGUAUUCCUUUUUAGGUGAGGUUUGAACUGCAGACAGCUAGUUGGUCAGGAAAAAAAACACAUUUAUUGAUUGGGCUGAGAGGUGGGCAGAAGGGUACUGCCUUUUAUUUUCUCUUCUUCCAAAUACUGUUUUCAGCUUGUUUGUAAAAUUUGGAAGAAACCUAAAUGUCAACAUAGGAAUCGAUUAUACUGUACAAUUUGUGGUAUACCCAUACAUUAUAUUUACAGAGUAAGGCUGCCAUGAAAAAUUAUGUAGAAGAAUAUUUAAUAAUGUAUAAAAUAUUUGCAAAAUAUUUUAUACAAAAAAGUUUCCAAAGUUUUCUAUACAAGCAGAGAUUGUCUCUAGGCUUCUUUUUUCCCAGUUAUAAGUUUUGAUGCUGAAAUGAACACUGCUUUGAAUUAAAAUGUUAAUCCAUGUGAUAGUGUAAUUUCAUUUUAGUGAUUGACAACCUUGGUUAUCCUUGUUGACUUCAUAUUUUUUGGCUACUUUAGUUCUUUGGACAUAUUGUAAAAAUGUGAUUUAGUUAUUGGAAACAUUCAUUGUUAACCAUUUUCCAUACUUGAAAUAUUGUGACUAUGUUGCACUACAAGAGGCAUGAGUGGGUGGGCGCUGAUUAGACAAUUUAAAAAGAAACAAACCAAGUGAAAGUGCUCCCCCAAAAGAUUUUGAAAACAGUUUUUCAUUGAUUGUAUCACCUUUGAUAUCUUCUUAUGACCCCCUCCCAAAUCAAAGUAUAGAAACACAAGAGGAAAAGUAAAAGCCGCCAAUAAUCCUAUUCCACUGUGUAUAUUAGUAUUCGGUAUAUAUGCUGCCACGUUCUUUGCAGCGCAUGUGUGCACCCAAACCUAAAUAUAUGUGUGUGUGCAUGCUAAGUUGCUUCAGUCGUGUCUGACUCUUUGCGGCCCCGUGGACUGUUGCCCUCUAGGCUCCUCUGUCCAUGAGAUUCUCCAGGCGAGAAUACUGGAAUGGGUUGCCAUUUCCUUCUCCAACAUUGUUAAAAAAAUAAAAAUAUAUUAAAUAUCAGAAUUCAGUAUAUACAUGCAUAUAUAUGUGCAUAUAUACACACGUAUUGUAUGUCCAUGUUUAAUAUAUAUAUAUACACACAGGAUAUAGCUUUCUCUUUGUGCUGUAUUAUUUAACUCAAAUAGUAUAAGGUCUUGUUAAGUUAGCUAAGAGAUUGUCCUUUGCUUGACCUAACAAAUGUUGUUACUGUUUUUCCUAACCUUUUACUUCAUUAGUCUGUUAUUCAUGGUGUUCUUAUUCCUCUGCUCAAAAUUUAACAAGUGUCUUUCCAUUUUGGGUGGUAUAUAGUCCAAAAAUGUCCAGAAUUCUUGAUGUCUUGCAUUGGCUACACGUGUUAAGUUUUACAAAAGGAUGUUUUUAAAAAACAUAUCUUCUUUCUUGUAGUGGUGGGUCCUGCUGCUGUAGUUUUGGGCUUCUCAAACUGCAUGAGUAUUUACUGUGUGCUUGAAUUUCCACAUGGGUUGCAUAACAGUAACCAUUUUGAAUACUCAUCAGUACAUUAGCAUUCACAGAGUGAUUUUACUUUAUAAAUGGUAUCUCCUUCAGAGGAUUAUUAUCCCCUUCUUAUAGUUGAAACUGAAGAGGUAUUAUUUCCUACAUCAAAUAGCUAUGUACAUUUAGAACCUGAGCUUUCUGACUUCAUGUCCCUGAAUUCAUUUCACUGAAUCAUGCCUCUCUCUGUAAAGGUUGUAAUGGGUCACUCAGUCUUGCUUUCCAGCAUUACAGAUUUUCACUUUAUUCAUUUCUGUAUCUGAGUUCUCAGUUGUCUUCAGCCUCCUGCUGACUGGAACACCCAUCCAGAAUAGCCUCCAGGAGCUCUACGCACUCCUCAGUUUUGUGGAGCCUGAUCUCUUUUCCAAGGAGCAGGUGGAAGAUUUUGUUCAGCGUUACCAGGACAUUGAGAAAGAGUCUGAGUCAGCCAUUUCUGCUGAGGCGAGUAAAGGCUGAGGUAGCCACAGAGCUUCCCAGGAAGACGGAAGUAGUGAUAUACCACGGCAUGUCAGCACUGCAGAAAAAAUACUACAAGGCCAUUUUGAUGAAAGACCUAGAUGCAUUUGAAAAUGAGAUGGCGAAGAAAGUUAAACUUCAGAAUGUCCUGUCCCAGCUUCGGAAGUGUGUGGAUCACCCAUAUUUGUUUGAUGGUGUGGAACCAGAGCCUUUUGAAAUUGGAGACCACCUGAUUGAGGCUAGCGGGAAACUUCACCUGCUGGAUAAACUGUUGGCAUUCCUGUAUUCCAAAGGCCAUCGAGUUUUACUUUUCUCCCAGAUGACCCAGAUGUUGGAUAUUCUCCAAGACUACCUGGAUUAUAGAGGCUACAGCUAUGAGCGUGUGGAUGGUUCUGUGAGAGGAGAAGAGAGACACUUGGCCAUUAAGAACUUUGGACAGCAGCCCAUCUUUACUUUUCUCUUGAGUACCAGGGCAGGUGGAGUUGGCAUGAACUUAACGGCAGCAGAUACUGUUAUUUUUUUUGACAGUGAUUUCAAUCCUCAGAAUGACUUGCAAGCAGCUGCCCGGGCUCACCGAAUUGGCCAGAACAAGUCUGUUAAAGUUAUUCGGCUGAUUGGCCGAGACACUGUGGAAGAGAUUGUCUAUAGGAAAGCGGCCUCCAAACUGCAGCUCACCAACAUAAUCAUAGAAGGGGGCCAUUUCACUCUGGGAGCCCAGAAACCUGCUGCGGAUGCCGACCUCCAGUUGAGCGAGAUACUCAAAUUUGGUUUGGAUAAACUGCUGUCCUCAGAGGGGAGCACCAUGGAUGAAAUAGACCUGGAGUCUAUCCUGGGAGAAACAGAAGAUGGCCAUUGGGUCUCUGAUGCCCUGCCUACUACAGCAGAAGAAGGAAGCAGAGAGCCAGAGGAAGGAAAAAACCACAUGUACUUAUUUGAAGGUAAAGAUUAUUCUAAGGAGCCUAGUAAAGAAGACAGAGAAUCAUUUGAGCAACUGGUGAAUCUUCAGAAAACCCUUUUGGAGAAGACUAGUCAAGAGGGCCGGUUACUCCGAAAUAAAGGCAGUGUUCCCAUCCCAGGCCUUGUGGAGGGGUCCACCAAAAGGAAGCGGAUUCUGAGCCCAGAAGAACUGGAGGACAGAAGGAAGAAAAGACAAGAAGCAGCGGCCAAGAGAAAGAGACUGUUAGAGGAGAAAAGGAAGAAGAAGGAAGAAGCAGAACAUAAGAAAAAGAUGGCCUGGUGGGAGUCCAACAAUUACCAGUCCUUCUGCCUGCCUUCUGAGGAGAGCGAACCAGAGGACGGGGAAGAUGAGAGCUCUGCCCAACUGGAGUAUGAGGACCCAGACUCAACCUCCAUCAAGUAUGUCAGCGGUGACGUCACCCACCCCCAGGCUGGGGCGGAGGAUGCUGUCAUUGUGCACUGCGUAGAUGACUCUGGUCGCUGGGGCAGAGGUGGUUUAUUCACAGCUCUGGAAACAAGAUCUGCUGAGCCAAGAAAAAGAUAUGAGUUGGCUGGGAAAAUGAAAGAUUUGAGUUUGGGAGGUGUCCUUUUAUUUCCUAUUGAUGAUAAAGAGUCAAGAAACGAAGGGCAAGAUUUGUUGGCCUUGAUUGUGGCCCAGCACCGAGAUCGCACCAAUGUCCUGUCUGGCAUUAAGAUGGCAGCCCUAGAAGAGGCCCUGAAGAAGAUAUUUUUAGCAGCAAAGAAAAGGAAAGCAAGUGUCCAUCUUCCACGCAUUGGACAUGCCACGAAAGGUUUUAACUGGUAUGGUACUGAGCGACUUAUUCGGAAACACUUGGCCUCAAGAGGCAUCCCAACUUACAUCUACUAUUUUCCUAGAAGCAAAGCUGCUGUCCUUCAUCUACAGGCCUCAUCUUCAUCCUCAGGACAGCUAGUAUCUUAACAAUCAGCUCAGCAUCAGAUCCAGCCUUCAGCAACCAGCUGAAAAAGCUGGGGGAAAAGAAAAGCUAGUUGCUCAAAGCCACUGUAAUAGAGUAUUUCAACAAGGAAUCAGAAUCUGGUGGGGCUCUGAGAGACUCUGUUUUCUGAAUUCUAAUUUUGUUCUCCUGAAUGUGUUACUGAUGAGUAAUACCUGUAAUACAGCUAUGCAAAAGUUAUUUGGGAAAAUUCUUUUUUUUUUAUUUUUUUUUUAUUUUUUUUUUAUUUUAUUUUAUUUUUUUUUAUUAUUAUUAUUUUUUUCCAGUGGGUUUUGUCAUACAUUGAUAUGAAUCAACCAUGGAUUUACAUGUAUUCCCAAUCCCGAUCCCCCCUCCCACCUCCCUCUCCACCCGAUUCCUCUGGGUCCUCCCAGUGCACCAGGCCGGAGCACCUGUCUCGUGCAUCCCACCUGGGCCGGUGAUCUGCUUCACCAUAGAUAGUAUACAUGCUGUUCUUUUGAAAUAUCCCACCCUCACAUUCUCCCACAAAGUUCAAAAGUCUAUUCUGUAUUUCUGUGUCUCUUUUUCUGUUCUGCAUAUAGGGUUAUCGUUAUCACCUUUCUAAAUUCCAUAUACAUGUGUCAGUAUGCUGUAAUGUUCUUUAUCUUUCUGGCUUACUUCUAUUUGGGAAAAUUCUUUGGCACUUUGCCACUGCCCCAGUAUGCAUAGCUAUUUGUAUAAUAAUAAAUACCUUUUCCCUCUCUAAA